AUGGCCGACACCAAGGAUCCUGUCACCGUUCAGACGAACCUUGCAGAUCCCGUCUCGUCUGCUGCCGGCGAAGUGAGCAAUUCCUCCGUCGACAACAACGGUGGUAAUAAUAAUCAUGAUGAUGAUGCCGCAAACAAGAAGGAUACUACUACUACUGUCUCUCCUCCCAGGGAGGGAGACGACGAAGUCCCUGCCGACGAAAUCGACAAGAGCAAAAAGGGCUUCUUUGCGUACUUCCGUACUAAGGAUUUUUAUAUCAUCCUCACCAUGGGUCAGGCUCUGGCUAUCCUCAACACUUCGACCAGCACCUUCACUUCUCUCCUGGCUAUGCAGGGUACUUCGAUCCCUGCUUUUCAGACCUUCUUCAAUUACGUCCUUCUCAAUCUUGUCUUCACGCCUUUUACCAUCUAUCGAUAUGGGUUUAAGCGCUGGGCUCGGAUCGUGCUUAAGGAUGGUUGGAAAUACUUCAUCUUCGCCUUCUGCGAUGUCGAGGGCAAUUAUUUCGUCGUUCUGGCCUAUCGCUAUACCACCAUCCUCAGCGCCCAGCUGAUCAACUUCUGGGCCAUCGUCGUCGUCGUCGUCAUCUCCUUCCUCCUUCUCCACGUCCGCUACCACUACACGCAGAUCCUCGGCAUUCUCAUCUGCAUCGGUGGCAUGGGCAUCCUGAUCGCCUCCGACCACAUCACCGGCGCCAACGGGGGCGACUAUUCCAGCGGCAGCCAGGUCAAGGGCGACCUGUUCGCCCUCCUCUCCUCCACCUUCUACGGUCUCUCCAACGUCGUCGAGGAAUACUUUGUCAGCAAACGGCCCAUGUACGAGGUCAUCGGGCAACUGGCUUUCUGGGGCAUGAUGAUCAACGGCGUCCAGGCCGCCAUCUUCGAUCGCGCCUCCUUCCAGGCGGCCACCUGGAACGGCCAGGUGGCCGGAUACCUCGUCGGGUAUACCCUGUGCCUGUCACUCUUCUACUCGACCGCUCCCUUGAUCUUCCGCCUGGCGUCGGCCGCUUUCAUGAACAUCUCCUUGCUGACGGGCAACUUCUGGGGUGUGAUCAUCGGAAUCGAGGCGCUGCACCUGCACGUCCACUGGAUGUACCCUAUCGCGUUUGUGCUCAUCAUCAUCGGUCACUUUGUCUAUUAUCUCGGCCGCCGCGUCCUGGGCGAGGCGCGCAAGCCCUGGCUGGGUCGCAACCAGGAGAAGGGCGUCUCGGGAUUCUUCACGGCCAGGAGGAGGAUCGAGCAGAAGGCGCAAGCGAAGGCAGAGCAUGCUCCAACAGGAGACGCAGCCACUAACGCCGUGUAG